AUGACCCUAAACCACCUCAUCAUAUCCCUAUCAUAUGCAAUCCCAAUCUUAAUCGCUGUAGCCUUCUUAACACUAGUUGAACGAAAAAUCCUAAGCUAUAUACAAGCCCGAAAGGGUCCAAACAUUGUAGGCCCCUUCGGCCUACUCCAACCUAUCGCAGACGGUGUAAAACUAUUCCUCAAAGAGCCCAUCCGCCCAUCCACUUCUUCUCCAUUCCUCUUUAUUAUAACACCUAUUCUAGCCCUUCUCCUAGCAAUCACAAUCUGAAUCCCCCUUCCCCUCCCCUUUCCUCUUACCGACUUAAACCUGGGCCUACUCUUCCUCCUGGCCAUAUCAAGCCUAGCAGUAUACUCAAUCUUAUGAUCAGGGUGGGCUUCAAACUCAAAAUACGCACUCAUCGGGGCCCUACGAGCAGUAGCACAAACCAUUUCCUAUGAAGUAACACUAGCCAUCAUCCUCCUAUCAAUAAUGCUACUAAGCGGAAACUACACUUUAAGCACCCUAGCUAUUACCCAAGAACCGCUAUACCUUAUUUUUUCCUCCUGGCCUCUUGCAAUAAUAUGAUACAUUUCCACGCUCGCUGAGACAAACCGUGCCCCGUUGGAUUUUACAGAAGGGGAAUCCGAACUAGUUUCAGGGUUCAACGUAGAGUACGCCGCGGGCCCGUUUGCCCUAUUCUUCUUAGCUGAAUACGCAAAUAUCAUACUAAUAAACACACUAACCACUAUCCUAUUUCUAAACCCAAGCUCACUUAAUCCCUCUCCAGAACUAUACCCAGUAACCCUAGCCACCAAAGUCCUUCUCCUCUCCUCAGGCUUCCUAUGAAUCCGAGCUUCUUAUCCACGAUUCCGCUACGACCAGCUCAUGCACCUCCUUUGAAAGAACUUCCUCCCCCUAACCCUAGCACUAUGCAUUUGACACGCAAGCAUACCAAUCUCCUACGCAGGCCUGCCUCCUUAUUUAAGG